AUGCCCCUCAAUCACUCACGCCUCGCAAUUCCCCCUCCAACAACCACAAACCUCAUCUCCAACUUCUCCCCCCAAACCAUCACCUCCGACGCCCUCUCCACCCACAUCAUCAUCCACCCACGCUUCCCCACCCUCGCCACCGCCUUCCUAACCCACAAACGCCUACAUGGCUCCUCCUUUGAAAAAACCCUCUACACCCCCUCCUUCACAUGGCGCCACCUCGUCGCCCGGCUGCUCGAAAAGCGACCACUCACUUUCAUGAACGCCUUGGACUUCACCAUUCUCCGCGACGGACGCAGCAUCGACAAUGCAAGCAAAGAAUGGGAUCGUAACGGCACGGCCGCACAGGACGAAAACGAAUAUCUCACAUUGCAGGAAUAUCUCAGCUACGACGAAAUCAUGCUGGGUAGUUUACUCGGUGUAAGCGGAUACAGUCACUUCAUCAACAGCGGCUCGCGCUUCAAUAGCAGCGUCCACGGUGCACCAGGGACGUUCCAGCCGCGCGGGGUGAUUAUCGGGGUUGUGGGCGCGCGAUUCGAAAGACAGGGGCGGAUGGAUAGUGUGUAUGUUCUCCCCCGUGGCAAGGAAACGAUACAGCAUCCCGAGCUCGUCGCCCUGUUUGAAGCGUGGUUUAUGGCCAGGACGCAAAAGGGCGUGUCGUUUGAUGACCAGAUGUAUAUGGCGCGUAUGAGGAUUACAGUCGACAUGUUAUUGUGGGAGGCGAAUGCGCGGGCAAGAGAGACAGGGUCAACCGCGUAUUUGUAUGUCGUUGGGCUUGGGCUGGGGGUGUGGCAGUACGACAAUGCGCAGCCGGAAUUGUAUGUCGAUACUUUUACCGCUGCUUUGGCUGCGCUGUCCCCGGGCAAGUUGCAGCAUCUUACGACGCUGGAAUUCGCAUAUAUCAAUGUUUCUUCCGCCGUUCAAGAUCGUGUCUCGGCGGCGGCGGCGGCUCACAACAUCAGGGUUCUCUUCAGCAAGCGCGAUCCCGCUGCGAAGCUGGAUACUGAGGAACUGCUGGUGCUCAGUUAUGCAUGGGAUGGGAACAGUAUGCCCGGAAAUGAGUAUUGGGCGGGGAGUCUGAGUGGGAGUGGGGAUCCUGCGGCAGCAUGUAUGAGUACGAUUGGAGAGUUGCAUAAUCCGCUUGUUAAUGAAGGGUUCUUGGAUAGGAUUAGGGUUUGUGGAGGUGAGAAAGAGGUGUAG